GGAGAAAGACCUUGACGAGGUCCUGCAGACACACACGGUGUUUGUCAACGUUUCCAAAGGCCAGGUGGCAAAGAAGGAAGAUCUCAUUCAAGCGUUUGGGACAGAUGACCAAACAGAAAUCUGUAAGGUGAUUUUAUCAAAAGGAGAGCUGCAGGUAUCGGACAAAGAACGACACACGCAGCUGGAGCAGAUGUUCAGAGACAUCGCGACUAUUGUGGCUGACAAAUGUGUGAAUCCUGACACAAAGAGGCCGUACACAGUAAUCCUUAUAGAGAGAGCCAUGAAGGAUAUUCACUACUCUGUCAAACCACACAAGAGCACAAAGCAGCAGGCACUGGAAGUGAUCAGACAGUUAAAGGAGACCAUGCAAAUUGAACGUGCUCACAUGAGGCUGAGAUUUAUCCUUCCAGCAAAGGAGGGGAAGAAACUAAAAGAGAAGCUCAAGCCUCUGAUUAAAGUUAUUGAGAGUGAAGACUUCCAUGAACAGCUGGAAAUCGUGUGCCUUAUUGACCCAGGCUGCUUCAGAGAGAUUGAUGAGCUGAUCAGGAGCGAGACGAAAGGGAAAGGAACACUGGAAGUGCUAAGUCUGAAAGAUGUGGAGGAAGGAGAUGAAAAACUGGAAUGAUAAAAACCAUCUUACGAACUGACUGGUGUUGGCCACUCUCUUCUGUUAGGCCUUCAUGUUUUUUCCAGUCUCUUGCAGCCAAAUAUUCUCUGA